UACAAACAAGAUUUGAAGAAGUUAUUUCAGAAAUGCCUUCAGAAAUUAAAAAUUUAACGCUGAAAGAAUUUUCUGAGGCUGGUGGCACAUAUGAUUCAGUAUUGGCGCAUUGUAGGAAACAAAAGAGGCUUGCUCAGUUAGAUAAUGAGUUAUGGAAACCUGUCAAGGGUAAUGCUGAAUAUCUUGAAUGCAUUGAUGAAGAAGGUGAAGAGCCAACUAAGCAAUCUGAUCUGGCAAAAAAAACUCCCUCAUCCAAACCAAAGCGUCAGGGGAAAAAUUCAGCAAUGCCCCCUCCUACUAACAAAAAUUCAGUUUUAAGACAAGUAACUCCUUCAACUCGAAUGAGAACUAGAUAUGGCCAAACACCUUUAAUAACACCCAAGUUUGACCCAAACCUUCCCCUUACACCUGAAAAUAUUCGAGAUGUCAAACCUGGUGAGAGGCUGAUGUCUUUAGCAGGAAGUCCUGUCCAGGUGGAAAAAGUAAAUAAAAAAGUGUAUGAUGUAGUGGACAAGAAAGAAAUAGCCAGUGGGUGGACGGACAUCGCAGGCGUAGAGCUGUCUCCAAGCACGGUCGGCAAAAUGCUGCAGUUUGUUUCAAACGCUAUCAAAGAGACAUCGUGAAGGUGGAGUUUAGCGGGGUAACUGUUGGCUCUUUGGUUUUAGGAACUGAACCAUGUACAAAUUUGUAUGAAUGAAUCGUUUGCUUUUAUACUAAGAUUUGUAGGUGCGAUGUGUAUGAUAAAUUAAGUGUAUAAUAUGGGAUAAUUAUUUGUACAUAUUUGUUAAAAGAUACAUGAUCAGCCAAUUUGUUUAUAAUAUGCUGACUGUGUAAGUGUACACAGCUCUGUUCAAUUCUAUUUAUCUCUCAUUUCACAUUACAACGCAUCUUUGUUGUCACAUGAUCAAUUAAUUUUAAUAUUAAAUUAGCGUGCAAUUUUCUUGUAACCACGGCUACUAAUUUUGAAAUAUUUGUGGGUCAGGUUCCCUGAAGCUUUUAAUUUUUAAAUUUAAAGUUUAACAGAAAUAAGAAA